AUGCCAGAAGAGGAACCAGGCCUCGUGGACAGACUCUGUGAAGGGGAGUUCGGCCGUUCUUGUGGGGGGCGGGGGGUGGUGGGUGGGGAAGAUAGAGGUGGGCGGCGGCGGGGGGGGGAUGUUUGCUCGCGCUUUUUCAUCACCACCUAUAUAAACCGGGACCUCGUCUUCAGCCGCACCAGCUUUACGCAACUCCUCGAGCAAACCCAAGUCGACUGUGCCUACCACCCCGAUCCACCCUAUCACCUCUACCAGAAAAAGCAAAUAUCUUCUGCUACCGACGGCUCAUCCGCUGGCAUGCCCCUGCAGCCCCUACAGGAUCCCGAUCAGAGGUUCACACAUCUACUCUACGAUUCCAGUACUUGUGUGCCUACUUUCCACGUGCCACUAAGUCCACUAGACGACAAGGAAAACAUCCCCCGUGCGGCAGGGGAAAGCUCAGAUAAAUCCAUCAGGAAACGCUGCUCCCGAACAAACCCUCAUAAGGGGGCUAAAAACUCCAACAAAUUGGCUCUCUCUUCCAAAGGCAUCGACAGCAGUACAGUGCGCGUGCCCGUCGCGCGACGCAACGAACGAGAGCGAAAUCGCGUGAAACUGUUAAAUCUCGGCUUUGCUCGCCUGCGCGCAGUGGUACCCUCCAAGGAGGGCGAGCAGCUAAGCAAAAUUUCCACCCUAAAGAAGGCCAUUUGGUAUAUUGAACAUCUGGACAGGGUGCUUAGUGAACCCCUGGAAGACAGCGCAUCUGAGGCAUCGGACAGUGCCAAUGGUGGGGUAGACCAGGACAACAGCCGGAUCGGGGUGGUAGGCACAGACUUGGGUUUUGCUGGACCCUCUUCCAGCACCUUCCUUGCGUAUCAGACUGACGCCCACGCAACCAGCGAUGACAAGGGCGGAUGCCAGGCGCACUGUGAAAACUCUUCGCCAGCCAAACCAAAGUUUCCGUCACCCAUCCUGCCGGAAUACUACUAUCCGAGCUACUACUCCCAACAGAGUAUCUGUGAGUCUGAGACAGGUCCACGACGGGCGCUGGACUUCAUAACUCCACUUAGGAGGACAAUGGAUACAUUCUCCGGUCCCGGAGACAGUGGCUAUGACAGUAGUAUCAACAGCAGCUGUCCACCUUUGUCUAGAGACAAACUGCCCCCUUAUGGUACUGCCUCUCCUUACGACUACGCCGUCUCGGGAACGGGUCCACCGAUGUCGCCAUUACCAGCUGCUGUCGCAAGUGGUUCUGUUUGGGAUCCCCUCAGCCUCAGUGGAAUCUCGCCUCUGAUGACACCGACAUCCUCGACGUCUGCACCACUACAGUGGUCCAUUUUUGAGCCUACGAUGAGGUGA